AUGGAUGUCGAAGCUUGCGGGCCUAAAGAGUGGGAAGGGGAUUUUGGGUCCCCUCCAAGGCCAUGUGUUGUGGGUCCUCUUCUCUAUGGAAAAUUCCUUCUCGAGAUUUCAAAAUCCGUCCGUGAAAUGACCCAAGUUGUCAAUAACAAUCAAGGAAUUCUUUUCACAUGA